CAGUUAUCUGCUGUCUACGCAACUGAAUUGUGAAGAACGAUGCAAAUUAUUUUGGUAACGCUGCUAAUCUCUGUGCCGCCUUUAUUGGGUGUCAGUUCUACCUGCGAGAAGGAUGCCCAACUGGAGAAUACUUGUGGCAAGUUUUGCUUUAAGGUAGUGAAACCUAUUUUGGGGCACAUGGCCGCAUUGCAGAUAAAAACCAUAGACCAGGAGGAUAAGGAAAAAUCUGUUUUACAAUCUAAGCUGGAUAAUAUCGAGAAAGAGCUGAAACAAGUCAAAGUGGAUAAGGAUAAUUGUCCAGAUCAAAGUGAAUUAUUGAAGCAAAAUGCGGAUUUGAAAUCAAAGCUGGAAAACAUGGAGAAAGUGCUGGUACUUUUGCAUAAAAUAGAUGAUGAACACGAUCAAAAGCUUAAGGAUUACGAACAAACGUUUAAAGGUCAACCAGAAUUGUUUAAGAAAAUAGGAUCUAAAUACUACUAUAUAGAAGAACACGCGACGAUGGAUUGGUAUGCCGCAGCACACAGAUGCCAUCAGUUGGGGGCUCACUUGGCCAGCAUCCAAAAUCAGAAAGAAUAUGAUGCGAUAAUAGCUAAGUUAAGCCCACCCAAAUUUUAUUGGAUUGAUGUUAAUGAUCUCAGCGAGGAGGGCGAAUAUAUAUCGCAUACCACUGGCAAUGGAGCAGCUUUUUUUAAUUGGUAUCCAACAUAUAAUCCAAACAAUUAUGGCGGAAAUGAGAACUGUGGAAGUAUUUUGUACACGGACAAAAGAUACGGGAUGAAUGAUGAUGAUUGCAGCAAGAAGCUUUAUUUUAUAUGUGAGACAUUUAAUGUGAAAUAAUGAUGGUUUUAAGUCAAAUUUUGAUAUUAGAGAAAAACUAUGUAAAACAUUCCAUUUAGCAGCACAUAUACAGAAACAAAUAAAUCCCGAAUGCUCUGAAAAUUA